GGCUGGCCUUGCGACUCACAACAGCCCCGUGAGGGAGGCCGGCCGGCGAGGCUCUGCCUCCGCUACUAACUGCCCCCCCUCCUCCUUAGCAACCGGGCCCCGGGCGACCCGGAAGCGGAAGCAGGUGCCCCCCUCGCUGAGCGGGAGAGAGAGAGGGGAGGAGGAGGAGGAUGGAUGCAGACGGCGGCGGCCCCUUCCGCUUCCGUCCGGCCCGGCUCCGCUUUCCCGCCGAACACCCCUUUUUCGAGGUCAGCAGUCCCCGGGGGAGGGGGAGGCCAUUUAGCGAAUCCGCCCGGGGGGAGGGGCGCGUGUUCUUUGGACGCCCCGCCUGGGAGUGGCCCCUCCCCCUCCGGGAGCAGAGCUGAGUUGACCCCCUCUCCUCCCCAGGACGGGGACGUGCACCGGCACCUCCAGCUCCAGGGCGCGCUGCCCGGCGCCAGCACCGAGGAGCAGCGGGAAGGCACCCCCGAGUUCUCCUGCCACGUUCCUGGGUGCAGGCAAGUUUUUGGCACCUUGGAGAGUUUCGAGCAUCACUACAACCUGCUGCACCGGAGCGUGUGUUCUUCCUGCAGGCGCUCCUUCCCUUCCGCCCAUCUGCUGGAGCUCCACGUUCUGGAGUGGCACGAUUCCCUCUUCCAGCUCAUGGCGGAGAAGCACAGCAUGUACCAGUGCCUGGUGGAGAGCUGUCUAGAGAAGUUCCAGAGCAGGAAAGACCGCAAGGAGCACUUGGUCAAAGUUCACUGCUACCCUUCUGAUUUCCGCUUUGAUCAACCCAUGAAAUUUAAAAGUACAAAGGCAAUGAGGUCUCCAUCCAGAGACAGCAUCGAACCAAUGGAUGUCAGGCCUGGGGAAGACUGCAAAGAAUCAGCUGUGGUUGCCAUGGAAGUAGGUCCCAGUGAGAGCACCAUGGAGAAUGUCCUCCAGCCUGGGGUGGAGAACACAGUGGCCUUCCCAUCGUCUGAGAAAUGGCUCUAUAGAUCCAGAAUUCCCACCACCAUUUGUUUUGGGCCGGGGGCAACACGUGGCUUCAAAGGCAGAAAAAAGAAGGCUUGAAUGCAGCAGCUCAUAUCUGGCCUAAUAGGAAGAGAGAGGUGCAGCAAGAGAAGACAGCCUCUGGCAAAGGGCUGGCCCCUUCCUUAGGUGUCAGAGGAGCUGGCGUUUGCCCUGAGCAGAAGCGGAGCUGACCCAAGCAUGGGAAGGUGUCCCUGCCUGCCUGCCUGCCACUGAGGAGCUGCCCCGGGCUCCUCCAGCUGAGAGCAUGCUCAGGCAACCCAGCAACACUCAGGACAAGAGAUGAAGGUGGAGGAUGAAAGUAGUCAAAUCUCCCAGACUUUUCUUAAUAAUAAAAUAUUCAGCAUUCA